AUGGUCGCACGUGUCUUCCCCAACCGCAUUUCAAAAUUUACUUGUGAUCACGAAUACAUUUCGUCUGGCCAUUAUCCUAAAGAGACUGAAUUUUUAAGGCUCGUUAUCGAUAGGCUUGGCCGGGAGUCAGCUGAGGCUCAAUCGUUGCCGAGUAUAGUAACAAGUUUACACAAACUGCGGUACACAAAUCAUCGAUGCUAUGUACUUACAUGCACUGACAAAGGUGAUCAAAGUUCCAAAAUUCCAAUAGGUCUGUUAAAGGUUGGGAAAAAGAAGCUUUUCCUUUUUAAUUCAUUUGGGGAGUGUUUUGAAGUAGAACCAGUUUGUGUCCUGGAUUUCUACGUGUCAGCAGAUUUUCAGCGUCGAGGCUACGGAAAAGAGCUUUUUGAAGGGAUGCUUCAGGAGGAGGGUUUAGUGGCCACCGAUCUACCAAUAGAUUCUCCCUCUCCGAAGAUGCUCUCUUUCAUGAAAAAGCACUACAAUCAAGACCACCCCCUUCGCCAAUCCAACAACUUCGUAGUCUUUCCUGAAUUCUUCCAUCAUGUCGAUGCAUUUCUUGUUCCACGUUAUAGACGUUCACGCAGUCCCCUUCACUCUGCGUUCCCCAUACCAACUCGUUGCUCCUCAGUCUCUACUCUUCCAGCGCCAGUCGUGGAAGCUAAGCGACCACCUUCUUCCCCCUCCUCGCGCAUAGUUCAACGCUGCUCGUCACUUUCGUUGCGCGCGACACCAGAUCUGGAAGCACGUCCAGAACCCACUCCAAAAGGCGAUGUCAAGUCGUCUCCAAGUGUUCCAAAAGCGCUGGAGAAGUCUGCAGUUCAAGUUCAUAUACCGCAAUUAAGGAGUCGAGGUGAAAGUGGAUUCCUGAGGCAGGGACCAGCCUUGCGAUAUUCCAAGCGGCUUGUGGCAACGACACCUUCAAUGUUGUUCAGAGGCCAUGCAGACUUCUCAAGUACUGAUAUUAAUACGCUUUGGCGGUUGAAUGAAAGGCAAGCGAGAUAUAACUAUCAAAGAGCUGCGUGGGCUAACAAUAGACACACGCGACUCUGGUAUGACAUGGUUACUUGCGAAACGGAGAUAACUACUGCAUAUGGCCCUAAUUCUGUUUCAGCCGUCAUUUUUUUAAUCCAAAUGGCCACUGUGUCUUCUGUUCGAACUCGAAAAUUGUUGGAUAGGGUACUCCGAGUUGAUCAUGCUAAGGGGUUAGCAGCAAAAUAUAUGUAUAAAGGACAACUGGCUGUCUUAACUAGUAAGCAUAUCAGAAACACCAUAGAGCAAAAUCUCACUCGGGAGAACUUAAGCAUAUCAAGGUUUGAAAAACUCAUUCCUCUUAACCGUGCUCGACCAUCUCUGCUGAUGCCGCUAUGGAAAACAGCAGGUUUCGCUUUUGGUAUCGCUACUGCACUUUUCGGUGAAGCAGCUGUCUUAACAUGUAAAUCUGCUAUCGAAGUUGCCAUCGGUGAACAUUACAAUCACCAAAUUCGUGAGCUACUUGCCGACGAUCCAGUCUCACAUGCGGAGCUCCUGGAGAUCCUGAAAGAAUUCCGUGACAGAGACCUUGACCAACAUGAUCUCUUGCGUGAAAACGUUUCUGAUUUACCACCUUUCCACCGCCAGCUGAAUCAGUUCGUGAAGUUCGCUACUCUGGCUAGCAUCAAAGUGACCGAGAGAAUCUGA